AUGUCCGACGACGAAUUUUAUUAUGAUGACGAAGAUGACUGGUACUGGUAUGAGGAUGAUAACAUGGGGCUUGGGGACGAUCUAGCAGAAACCGCUGUGCAUUCUCCCAUCAUGGUGGAAGAUCCAUCCCUUGAAAUUGUCGAUACCUACAGCGACUGGGAAUAUUAUUCUGAUGACUAUUACGACGAUGAUCCGACGAUUACAACAAAACAUAAAACAAACGGCGGGCCUCGGAAGAAAAGGCGAAAGCUGUCUUCCAUCGAGAAUAUUCCGAAUCUCUCUCUCGGCUCUUCCAUAGUCGAUUCAUCCAUGGCAAAUUCAUUCAAGGGUGUACUGUGGAGGGUGCCUGUUAAUACAGAUGACAAGAUUGAGCUAUAUGAGCCUGGCAAAGGAGAGCAGGUCUCUUUGCUGAGUAACUGGAGAGAACUUUUCAAGACUCCAAUACCUAUUUCGAAUGACGCUAAAGCUAUCAACUAUGAAACGAACGGCGAUGUCAGGGAGGAAGUUACCGCAGCCCGCACUGAAGUGCCCGAACGUAUGGAUCUCGAAAGUAACAUUGACGGAGAAUACAACAGAUAUUCUCCCCCACCACUUGUGAUUGAGGAUCUAGACAAAACGAUAAGUCGCCAACGGGAAAAGCUAUCACAGCCGGAAUUACCGAUUGCGCCUGAGCAAGUACCAAGAGACAGGAUGAUCGUCGCAGACAGCGAGGAUGAAGAAGAAUUAGAUGAAGCAGACGAAACACCUAUUGCAGUGGCCGAGGUAGAUGCUGCUGAGGACUACAAGGAGAAUAAGGUUCUAUCAGAGAAGGAAGAGCAACUUCCACACCAAACGUCAAUUAGAGUCGAGAUACCGACACUAGCUGCGGUUAUGAAAGAGGACAUCUUGGAUCAAAACACCCCGCCUCGUAAAAGGGGUCGAAAACCGAAGACUCCUGCUAUAGAAAAGGUGUCAACAAAUGGAAACGGCACAUCUAAGAAGGCUGUGGCCACUCAAACGCCAACAAAAAUGGGCGGAAAGAAAGCCUUGGAAAUCGACAAGGAAGCUGACGGAUCAGAAGUCGACAACAAAAGAAGAUCAAAAAGGGUAACCUCAUCUACCAUUAAUAAAGCAACAAGAGACAAUGAAUCAGACAAGAAACGUACGCGUGCUAACUCGAUGGCUUCACCAAGGGAAGAGCGUGGAAAGCGAAGGAAGGUUUAA